AUGCCUGAUCUCCAUACUCUCCCCGAGGGGACACGUCCCUCCAAUGCUAUUCGCAACAAUGGCCCGGUAGAUUUGGCGAUUGAGCGCUACAAACUACGCGAGCUCGCCGAAGGUUGGCCUUGCUACCGAGAUGCCUGUGAAUGGCAAAAUCUGAAAUCGAUUUUCCACCAGGACGCAUAUAUCUACACAUCAUGGACAGGCCGUACCCAUUUCAUGGAUUUUAUCGAGGCCUCUCAGAAGGGCAUGGAUAAUGGUGCAUUUAUCAUGCAUCGUAUUCACGGGUUGUCCACAGACAUCAAUCUGGCUGCUACCCUCGCAGUGACAAAGAUGAAAGCGACCAUAACUCAGAGAUUCGAUCUCAAUGGUGCCGAGGCCGAUGCCGAGUCUGACUGCCGAUUUGUGUUCUUCUGGAGCAAGGAUUCUCGCUCGAACGAGUGGAGAGCCAACUUUGUGCGACACUUUUAUGAAAAGGACAAACUUAUUCCGGUGAAUCCAAACCGGGUUCCCGAGUUGGAUAUGGAGAAACUCAAGGAAUUUCCUGUUGGCUAUCGAUAUCUUGGAUAUUGUCAAGAAAUGACGAUGGGUGUUAAAGUCAUCAAGGAUCUGCCAGGUAAUCGCAGGGAGAUUGGUACUGCGAACCGGGAGAAACAUGACAUGUUGUAUAGACAAAUCAAGAGUUGGAUGGACGGAGAGAUGAUUGAGGUGUAG